AUGUAAGCAUCUCUGCAUCAUCAUCUUUACAAAGCAGAGGGAAUAUUUCCUUAAUGGGAAAUAGGAAGCUUUUUUUUGACACUCAUGCGCUGGUAUGCCUCUUGGAAGAAAAUGGGUUCACUACUCAGCAGUCGGAGGUCAUUGUAUCUGCACUAGUGAAAAUUAUGAACACCAACCUGGAUCUGAUUUACAAGGACAUGGUCACCAAAGUACAGCAGGAAAUUGCACUUCAGCAAGUAAUGUCCCAUAUUGGUGGCUUGAAAAAGGACAUGAUUAUUUUGGAAAAAAGUGAAUUUUCAGCACUUCGUUCAGAAAAUGAGAAAAUAAAGCUUGAACUCCAGCAGAUAAAGAAGCAAGUCAUGGAUGAAAUUACCAAAGUUCGUGCAGAUAACAAGUUAAACCUAAACCUAGAGAAGAGCAGAGUAAAAGAAUUGUACUCGCUUAAUGAAAGAAAGCUACUUGAAAUGAGGACAGAAAUAGUGGAAUUGCAUGCACAACAAGAUCGAGCUCUGACCCAAACAGACAGAAAAAUAGACACAGAAGUUGCAGAUCUGAAAACAAUGCUCGAAUCGCACAAACUUGAUAAUAUUAAGUACUUAGCAGGUUCAGUAUUUACAUGCCUUACUGUAGCACUGGGAUUUUAUCGUUUAUGGAUAUAAUAAAAUGUCACUUUAAAGGGACUUCUACUGUCAUGAUUUCUGGAAAAAAAAAAAAAAAAAAAGAAGUUUUAUCUUUGCCUGGACUU